AUGCAGCAGCAAGGGGAACUCAUCCCUCCGGACCGGCUCCGCCGUGCACGUAUUGCCAGUCUACGGCUACGAAUUCAUCUGCUUCAUCGUCGCAAGCAGGCUGUGGUUGCUGCGCUGUUGGCGGAAGACGAGGCUCGGGCAAGAAGACGCAACCGUACUUGCUGGGUCAAGCCAUGGCUGCAACGGAGGGUGUUGCAAGGGCAAUAUGACAACCUCAUGCAAGAAUUGAUGCGUGAAUCCCAUGGGGAUUUUAGGAAUUACCUGCGACUAGAUGCUGAAAUGUUCAGAGAAAUCUUAGAUAGGAUCUCGCCAAGAAUCAACAAGAAGUUCUAUUGCCGCCCCCCACUAAGUCCCGGGCUGAAACUGGCAGUGACGCUGCGCUUCCUAGCAACUGGGAAUUCAUAUAAUAGUCUAUCUUAUAGUUUCCGCAUUGCAGUCAACACCAUAAGCUUGUUUGUGCCGGAAGUAUGUGCUGCCAUUGUUGAAGAGUACAGGGAAGAACAAUUUGCAACUCCAUCAACGCCCGACCAGUGGAAAGUCGUCGCUGAGAACUUUGCAUCUAGAUGGAACUUCCCUCACUGUUGUGGGGCAUUGGAUGGCAAACAUGUGGCAAUGCGCAAACCCCCACAAGGUGGAAGCCAUUACUACAACUACAAGGGCUUCCACUCCAUCGUGAUAAUGGCACUUGUAGACGCCAACUAUAAGUUUCUUUGGGCCAAUGUAGGCGCUGAGGGCUCGACCUCGGAUGCAGCAAUAUUCCAGCUGAGUACAUUACGACAGGGCUUACAAGAGGGAACCAUUGGGCUUCCGCCUCCAGAUGACCUACCUGAUGAUGACAGGGAGACCCCAUACUAUAUCAUCGGGGAUGAUGCCUUCCCGCUACGUGAAUGGCUGAUGAAACCAUUCUCUAUGAGAAACCUAGCACACAAUCAAAGGAUCUUCAACUACAGACUGUCUAGGGCAAGGCGUGUCGUCGAGAAUGCAUUUGGCAUUCUUGCAUCCAGGUUCAGGGUUCUGUUGACGACCAUGAAUGUUCUGCCAAGGAACGCAGAGUGCAUCACAAAGGCAUGCUUGGUGAUGCAUAACAUCAUGCGUGACAGAUUCCCAGCCCUGCAGAACGAAGAGCUGGGCCAGGAUGUGGAGGGCAUGGUCGUGCCCGGGUCAUGGCGGGACGCAGGUGUUUUGAGAGACUGUCACCAGGAGGGUGCAACCGGCGAAAGAGCCUCGCGGAAGGGUCGGAUGCUCAGACAGUACCUUAUGCACUAUGUAAACAACGAAGCAGGAAGUGUACCUUGGCAGGAGGAAGCCAUCCGACUUGUUUAACAUGCCCUUUUGACUAUUCCGUCAAUGAUAUUGAGCUGUCACGAGAAAGGGCUUGCUUACUUUCCUAAGUUUUCAUUGUUGUUUAAGUUACAAUGUAUAGAUAAAAGUGUGCCUUUCUUAGUCAUUCAUUUGUAAUACUUAAAAAUUAGAAGUUAAAAAUGAUGAUUCACAACCGAAAUACGGGCAAAAAAUCUUCCCUUUAACAGAUGUGUCGCUUUAUGAUUACUUUUUAUUUCAUGGUUUGUAUGUGUUUAGUGAUAGAAAAGUGACACUGAGAUAAAGCAAGAUUUCAUUAUAUGAAGAAGUUUUAAUUUCUUCACAAAUAUUGGCAAGUGUACAGGAGAGAUGUACCAUAGAGAUGGCAAAAAGUAACAAAAGUAACAGAAAGACUUCUUCUCACAUCAUGCUUUAUUGAAUAACACUUGAAAGGGAAAGAAAAGGAAAAUAAAACAAAUAUUGACAAUGCUGAUGACUGCCGCCAUUAAUCCUUACUGUUUGUAAUCAGCUUGUUUACAGCUUGUUAACAGAACGACUUCUUCUCACAUCAUGCUUGAUGGAAUAAAACUUGAAAGAGAAAUAAAAGGGAAAUACAACACAUAUUGUCAAUGCUAAUACAUGCCGCUAUUUAUCAUACUGUUGGUAAGA